AUGGCUUCACAAGUUCCGAGUGGCACGCCGGCAACAAACUCAUACCAGAUCAGACAGCCUAUGCCUCCUCGAUUUCCGCAAAAUACGCCAACGGUCGUUCCAUUUCAGCAGGAAUUGCAAUCUGGCCAAAGCUCAUUACCUACUGCUCCAGCGACAACAUUUCCUGCUGAAUCGCAGUCGCUAACAAUACCAAUAACAGCAGCACCGACCAGCACUGAUCCUGGUUGUAGCCCACUUCAGCGACUUCAGAACUUCACAUCAAUGAAUGGCGCACCCCAGCCUGGAAGAAGUGCAGCAAGAGUCUCAUCUUCCGAUGUAGAAAUAUCGAGAGCACCAGCAACGCAGCCGUUGCCACAAACAACUAGAGCACCUGCCGCUGCUGCAGCAUCAACUGCUCAACAGAGAGAUGUAAGCAGUGGCCAGUCGUCAGUAUCAAGUACGUCUACAUCAGAAAUGGUGGUGGAGGCGCUGUCUGCUUCUACUUCGGCUAAUGCAGCACCACCAAACAUCAAUAUGGCUCGUUUGUCUCAGCCACAGCCGAUUUCUUCCGAAGCUUCGAGUGCUGCGCAUCAGCUAUCCCGCCUUCGUGACUCAUCAAGUCCUCGUGAUGUGCCGUCCACUUCGGAACCAUCAUCUGCUUUUCGGACGUGUCGCGGUGUACUCAGUAUAGUCGAUGUGGUAAAGCAAGACAUGGAUGCGAAAACAUGCGACUAUAUCAUGAGAAAUGCUGAUGGAAAUUUGUACUGCUCCCGCUCUGAGUGCGCCGAUAUUCGGUUCGAAACACAUUCGGCGGCACGAGUGCAUAAUUUGCGACACAAUUCACAAAAUAUCUUCUUUUGUCUGGAGUGUGGCAGUGCCUUUCCAUUUGAAAAUCUCAUCGUUAAACAUAUGAUUGAACGCCACAAUCAGAAGCAAGUGCCUACACUCAGCCUGCAGUGUCCGUUCUGUCCCAGUAGUCCGAUAUUUACGGAAGUUGCAGCCUUCAGAGUGCAUAUGGCCUCUGAUAGACCGUCUCAUGCAGGGGCAAUUUAUAAAUCGAGAAGCAGGUGUAAGCUGACUUUUCAUACGAUGGAAGCUCGAUUGUUGCACGAGAAGGAGCACAGAUCAGCACCGGAUUUACAAUGCUGCUACAUUUGUGGCACUACUCGAUGGUGGUUUCAAGCGCCGGCGGAGGAUUUGCCAUACAUUGAUCAUUCUUACAUCCACGCCUUCCAGCUAUUUGCAUUAUGUCGUGAAUGCGGUCUCUGUGUUCCAGACAGGAUAAAGGUUACUCAUUGCGCUCAGUUUCUUACUUUUUUGCAUGAAUCAAAAAUACGAAGUAGCGAUACAUAG